AAUGCGGGACAACGGAAUGUUUUUGCGGGGCAGUGCAGCCUACAUGAAUACAUGUUUCUGGCAGACAGUUCGAAAUGUCAAUUAUCAUCAAAUUAAUAGGAAGUCUGACUGAAAUACGCAGCAAAUCUAACUUUGUUGGUAAAUGAGUGGUGUAUUAAUUUGUUGAUAAAAUACGGGACAUCAGACAAACCGCCAACAUUCGGGACUGUCCCGUAUUCUGGGACAUGUGGUCGCCCUAAUUCCACCUGUCAUUGUUUGGGCGCGCGCAGGGAGAAAGGAGGACAGACCUUUUUGCCUCAACAGCACUUCAAGGGUUUAUUUUCUUUAAACGGGUUGCCUUAAUUUCUCCGUGUUGUUACUGAAAUAAGACAACUUUUUAAACUCAAGAGUAAAGCCAUAGACGACGGGAUAUUUUACUGCCAGAGUUUUGGAUUUGAAAGUUUCAAUAAAUGAUGGAUUUGAGGAGUUUAGUAGGUCUACCUGCUGUUCUGCUACUCUUCGGUUUAGUCGCUGUGUUCGCGCAAACUGCCGCACCUAGCCUAGUGUGUGAGACUAAGAAUGGAACAAACUGUGAGGAAUGUCUAACGAUUGUGACGUGCCUGUGGUGUCAGAAGACAAAGAUGUGUAUCACGUACCCAGUCAACACCAUCCUCCCCCCGCACGCCCUCUGCCCCCUCAACGAUGCACGCUGGGGACGCUGCUGGGUGAACUUCCAGUCAUUGAUCAUCGCCAUGGCGGUGGUGGGUGGAGUCAUUAUCAUCGCCUUCCUGGUCUGCCUCUUCUGCUGCUGCAAGUGUGAACACAUCGGGUCUACGAGGUUCGAUGCCAAGAUGGAGAGACGGACCAAUAAGAUGAAGGGAAAACAGGAAGAGAGAAAGGCAGAGAUGAAGAUGAGGCAUGACGAAAUCAGAACGAAAUAUGGUCUCAGUGGGUCCAACCCGUACUCCAAAUUCUCCUGAGCUGAUAUUUGGACACUACUAUCAACUGCCUGCCUUCCUCUUCACUUCUGACCUUUCAACCAACCCAACCCCUCUCCCCUAAGGACGGUUAACCUUACUGACUGUUCUAUGCUCAGCUUACCCUGCCCUAAACCAUUCAUCAUAAAAGUCUUAGAGGCGUUUUAAAGGAUUUGUAUAAUUUCAGACCGUAGUUUUGAAUGUAGCGCGCUCACAAGCCAAAACGAGUCACCAAAUAUUGUGCACCACAUCACUUAUUUCGUAUGAUGAUAUGUUAUGUCCAGCAAAAAAUAUAUAUAUUUCCUGAAAUUCGUAUGAUGUAACGAAUUCCAAUUCGUACAAUAUGUUACGAUUUUGUAAGUGCUUAAGAUCCCGUUCAAUAUCUUUAACCGUUUUGAGGAGAAUACAUGAAACUGGCCUUAGAUCAAAGUUUUGGGACAACCUGUUAUACAACAUUAUCUGCCCAUGUAACACAGGUCAUUAAACAUUGUGUUGAAUGUAAUGGACAAAGUAUUCUACGAAUGCUUAGCUAGAACAAGUUCUACGCUGCUUGGUAUGUGGUGCAGUGCAGAACAUGUCUUGCAGUGCAGACUAUGUGAGAGCAGUGGACAGGUGCAGUAGCCUUAGAAAUGUACCUUAUUUAUACCUUAUAUCUACCGCCUGUGACUACUACUGUAUUACAAACUCAUAAUGAUUAUGGUACUUGAGGGUUACUACUUGGUUGUAGGAGAUCUUACCUAUGCUCUACUUGAAUGAGAAGAUGCACUCCAGAAAAGUUGACCUUAUCUAUGUUGACCUUUUUCCAUGUAUAUUUAUCUGAUGGUGAUCUAUCAGAAAUGUACUCCAUCAAACAAUAAACUUGUAUAGAUGUAUUGUUUUUCUAAUUUAAACCAGAAUUGUACUAAAUGAUGCACUAUGCAGAAAUCCCUCCGCCAUUUACUGCUUGCUAAAAUAUGAAUAGUUCACCUUAUUUCAGUUUGCGACAAAACAAGCAAGUAUAGUUUAGAGAAUCAUUGUACCAUCUAAACAGCUGUGAAAUAUAUUUUACAUACGGUAAGCAUAGAAAUAACACACAUACCACAGAUCUGCUGCUUCUUAAACUUGCUUUCAAAGAGUCACAGAUCUAUGUGAAUUUGGUCAGGUUGCCCAAAAAGCUAAAUAUUGCAGCUUUAAAUAGGAGGCUAUUCAGAAGAGUUGAAUACUCAGAAUUGCAGAUAGAAAUGUACACACCUUGUAAAAUGAGACAAAGAAUGUCAUAUCUAAGUAAUAUAUUUCUACCUGUGACAGCUUUCUCAUUACAGACACCAGCUACUUCAGUUAGAAUCUUGUCAGGCCAAAUGAAUCAACUUUUUAUUAAUGUCUAGUUGUGUAAUAAACGACCCUUUGUUGAUUGAACAAAUCUAUUUUUACUAAAAUAAAACUUUCCACUAUGUAA